AGUGCGGCGCUUGGUUCUCCUAGCAACCCAGCUCAGCUACCAGGAGCAGGUGGCGGACUGUACCAGAGACGCUGAGAGCCCGGAGCCGAGAGGCUGCUGAAGGACUUGACGUUUUCACGGAGGAGCCUGCUGGCCUCCCCACGCCAGUCAGGGCCUUCAGGCCUCGUGGGGAGAGAAGCUCGGGAAGCGUUUCCUAUGGGCGCAGGCCCCAACGAGACCUUUAAGGUCGCACCCCAGGCCUCCGGGCCAGAGAGAGGUCCUGUUGAUGCCAAGUCCUUGUUUCGCUGGACGAUUCAGGAUCUGGUUCUCUGUGAGGAGGUGUAAGGCUCUUGGCUGUUCUCCCCACCCACAACAACACUACUGUCAGGAAGGAUGAACCGGCUGUACGACAUGGAGCCCAGAGUGAUGGACGAUGAGAUGCUCAAGUUGGCUGUGGGGGAGCAGGGCCCACGGGAGGAGGCCGGGCAGCUGGCCAAGCAGGAGGGCAUUCUCUUCAAGGACGUCCUGUCCCUGCGGUUGGACUUCCAGAACAUCCUCCGCAUCGACAACCUCUGGCAGUUCGAGAGCCUGCGGAAGCUGCAGCUAGACAACAACAUCAUUGAGAAGAUCGAGGGCCUGGAGAACCUCACGCACCUAGUCUGGCUGGACCUGUCUUUCAACAACAUCGAGGCCAUCGAGGGGCUGGACACGCUGGUCAACCUGGAGGACCUAAGCCUGUUCAACAACCGCAUCAGCAAGAUCGACUCACUGGACGCGCUGGUCAAGCUGCAGGUGUUGUCACUGGGCAACAACCAUAUCGGGAACAUGAUGAACAUCAUCUACCUGCGGCGGUUCAAGGCCCUGCGCACGCUCAGCCUGUCCGGGAACCCGGUGGCUGAGAACGAGGACUACAAGAUGUUCAUCUGCGCCUACCUCCCCGACCUCGUGUACCUGGACUUCCGGCGCCUCGACGACCACAUGAAAGAGCUGGCGGAGAUGAAGCACCAGUACAGCAUCGACGAGCUGAAGCACCGGGAGAACCUGAUGCAGGCGCAGCUAGAAGACGAGCAGGCCCGGCGGGAGGAGCUGGAGGAGCACAAGGCAGCCUUCGUGGAGCAGCUGAAUGGCACCUUCCUGUUCGACAGCAUGUACGCUGAGGACAUGGAGGGCAGCAAGCUAUCCAACCUGCCCGGCGUGGGCGAGCUCCUGGAGACCUACAAGGACAAGUUUGUCAUCAUCUGUCUGAACAUCUUCGAGUACGGCCUGAAGCAGCAGGAGAAGCGGAAGGCAGAGCUAGAAACCUUCAUGGAGUGUGUGCAGGAGGCCAUCCAGGAAAACCAGGAGCAGGGCAAGCUCAAGAUUGCCAAGUUCGAGGAGAAGCACUUGCUGAGUUUAAACGCCAUCCGAGAGGAGAGUGAACUGAGUAACAUCGAGACAAAGAUAGUGGAGCACAGCGAGGACAUCACGGCGCUGCUCAACGUGCUCAUGACGCUGGAGAUGCAGCUGGUGGAGCAGCUGGAGGAGACUAUAAACAUGUUUGAAAGGAACAUCAUCGACCUGGUGGGACUGUUUGUGGAGAACGUCCAGAGCCUGAUGGCGCAGUGCCGGGACCUGGAGAACCACCACCACGAGAAGCUCCUGGAGAUUGCCAUCAACAUCCUGGAGAAGAUAGUCAAGGGCGAGAUGGACGAGGACCUGCCUGACGACCUGCGCUCGCUCUUCAUUGACAAAGACACGAUAGUUAACGCAGUUGGGGCCUCGCAUGACAUCCACCUCCUGAAGAUUGACAAUCGCGAGGAUGAGCUGGUGACCAGGGUCAACUCCUGGUGCACACACCUGCUGGACAAGAUUCACAAGGAUGAGAUCAUGAGGAACCGCAAGCGUGUGAAGGAGAUCAACCAGUACAUCGACCACGUGCAGAGCGAGCUGGACAGCCUGGAGUACGGGGACCUCCUGGACUAGGGCUGCCCACCCCCCA